GGCUCCCGGCGCCGCCGGGGGGAAGGCGGGCAGGGAGGGGCCGGGGCCGGAGGAGGAGCCCCGCCCGCUGCUCUUAAGCGCCGUGACCGGCGCUGCCCCGCGCUCGGCAGGGCCAUGGAGGUGGCGCGGGAUUGCGUGGGAUCGCUGCUGCGAUCUUUCAUAUCCAUGGGAGCAUCUGUAGGAGCAGUAACAAAACAGACCCUGUUCCCUCCGCUCAUGCCUGCAGGGCGCCCUUUCCGUGUGUCCAAUGCCUCCCGGAGCAGCCGGAAGGGAAUUGUUGCAAGCAGCCUGCAAGAGCUCUUCAGCAAGACUUUGGAUGCCUUCUUUAUAACUGCUGGAAUAGUUACUCUGGUUUUGGAGGAAGAUGGCACAGUUGUGGACACAGAAGAGUUCUUCAAGUCCCUGGAUGAUAAUACACAUUUCAUGGUUCUGGAAAAUGGACAGAAAUGGACACCAACAAAAAAUGGAGUUGUCGCUGUGAGAAAAAAGAAGAAAAUGGGAGUCGCUAACAUCACCUUUGAUCUGUACAAACUGAACCCUAAGGAUUUUAUUGGCUGCUUAAACAUCAAGGCAACCUUCUAUGAGAUCUACUCUAUCUCAUAUGACAUCAAAUGCAUGGGAGCAAAAAGUGUAUUGCGAAGAGAGACUGAUCUGGUUUCUGUAUCUUCAGAAAUUGAUCCCAUUCCAGUUUUUUGGUACUGCUUCCCAAUGCCUCAGCAUCAUACUUGAGUGCCCUCCUAACUUCUGGGGGAUGAGACUCAAAUGUAGCUCUCAGUACUUGCGUCCUUGUUGUUUCCUGCAGAAUGGAAGAUGCAGUUACAACUAAGUUGAAUAAAUGACCGUUCAAAUAUGACUAUCUCUUCCCCUGUGAAGAUACACAGUUUACAUUGUCAACCUCUGAUGCUUGCCUGAUGUUAUCUUAUGGAUUUGUACUGAUUCUUACGCAGCACUUUAUACUUGAAUGCUGAUUUUAUCAAAUUUGUAGAAAAUAAAGUAGUUGGGAACUGAGAAUUCUUAAAUCUUGCAGC